AUGCGCAAGAUGAAAAUUUGAAUAUUCAUAUGGCCGAUCUAAAACGAAAGAAAAUCCACUCUGACUCUGCCGCCGGUCAUUUUGAAAAAGCAAAAAACAAAUUGAACAAGAGAUAUCUUCAAAGAUGAGUCAUAGGCCAAGCGCAGGAGAAACUGAGGAAGAUCUUCUACGCCUUCAAGCCCAAUUUGUUAAAGAGAAAACAAAGCCAUCAGUGACCAUCAAGAAAGCAGAUAAGCGCAAGGCACCGGGUUCUGGAUCAAACACUGGUUCCUCUGCAUCUACUGUUGGAUCAACUGUCAAAAAAGAUGUUGUCACUUUACCAGGGUUACCAACAAACCUCCUUGAAGCAGAGCAAGCACUAUCUUCACGUCCACAGAAGAGGUCAAAGUUCAAAACCAGACAGGACCCAUCUUCACAUGCUGCAGCCCAAAGCCACCUACCUGGACAGAGAGUGACAUUUGACCUUGAUAAUGAUGAUGAUCCAGAAGCUGCAAUGGACAGGCAUGAUACUCACAUAACAGCAGUAUUAUCCAAGAUACGGGAACAAGAUAUUAGAGAAAAACCAGUAUUUCUUCCUCAGCCAACAAACAAAGCCUUUCCAACAGCUCUUCAUAGAUCACAAGCACCAAUACAGGCAAGUGGACUAAAGACGGGUAAGAAGCGAAGUCUCUUUGCACAACAAUUUGAUUCUACACCUCCUGUAGACUUUGGUGUUACAUUAGGACCACCUCCUAAAGCUGUGACUCAUCAACUACAAAGAGAUGUACAUGAUGCAAUGGAAAUAGAUGAGUCAUCACAAUCAUCGCAAUCAAUAGGGAAAUCAUUAUCUGGGACAGGACCAUUAUCAUCAGGGUCAUAUAGUGGAAUAUUAGAAGGUAGUGGUCUGAUGGGUGAGAAUGUUCCGCAGGAUGUUGCCAUGCAAACCACUCAGGAUAUCCAGAGUGAAAACCAAUCCAAGAUGGCUGCCAUGUCAGAGGAAGAAAUUCUACAGGAGCAAGCAAAACUAAAAGCAAUGUUAGAUCCAAGUCUAGUGGCCUUCUUACAAGCAAGAAAAACUGGAACUGUUCAACAUAAAAAUGGUAGCCAUCACGGUUUUCCACCAGUUAGCAAACCUGUCAUGUCUUUAUCAACACAGCACAGCAUCGGAGCAGGUGAAGAGAUGGAUACAGAUAUGAAGAAAGGUGAUGCAGAAGAUUUGUCAGAAAAUAAAAAUGGCUUUGAGAAAGGAUCUGUUGAAAUCUCUUCAACUACAGAAGAUAGAAAUAUGAAAGUACCAAUAGAUGUGAAGAGUGAAUGGAUGAACAUGAAGAAAAGAGAGGAUGAUAAAUUACAAUGGAUGGAUGAUUUACCCAAACCAUCUGCCAAGUCUAAGACUGGUUCACAAGCUAGAUUUGAUUUCAAUGGUCAUUUAGUGGCUAGAGAUGCUCCUGUGUUGGUCAGAGAAGGUCUGUUUCACCAUGGAGAAGAACAAGAGGUACCUGGUUAUACACUAGAGGAGUUAUUCACAUUGUCUAGAAGUGCAGUCACACAGCAGAGAGUACUAGCAUUACAAACACUUGCAAGACUCAUCUACAAUUAUAGAGCAGACUGUCUCAAUGGUCAGUUAAGAAGUCCUCUGAUCUCUAGACUCCUGAAAGCUGGUGUUCUCUUCCUAUUGAGAUGGUCCUUAGAUGAUUCUAAUGAAGGCGUUCACUCAGCAGGGAUUGAGGCUCUGGCUGCUCUUCUUAUACAACCUGGUGAUGAGGAGGCCCUUGAUAAAACCUUCUCAUGGCAUCUAGGAUACAGUGUACCUCCAAUGUUACCAAGAAAAGAUGCACCAGAUGAUGAGGAGGAGGAGGAGGAUAUGGAUGAUGAUGAAGAGGAAGAAGAGGAGGAAGAGCAAAAACAGAACAAACCAGAUGAACACAUUGCAAGUCAAGAUGCUAUUAAGGGUCUAUUGAAGAUGUCUGUGUUACCUCGUUUGCGUUACAUCUUAGAGGUGGUCAAGCCUACACCACCUGUCAUCUUAAAUAUUCUAGCUUUCCUGAUCAGAGUUGCAAGGCACUCCACUGAAUCGGCUCUAGAAAUCAUCAAAUGCCCUCGUCUGAUGAACACAAUCUUUAGAGAAUUCUUACCCACUAGUUCAUGGCAGAAACAAGAGGAUCCAGUAUCAGAUUUAUAUGGUCACCCUACGAUGCUUGCCAUGAAACUCAUCAGAGUGUUGUGCCUCAGUAGUAGAAACAUUGCAGCAAUGCUGCUAUCCAAGUACCCACUGUUGACGAUUAUCACCCGAUAUUUCUCCAUGGAGCCUACCGAUAUGAAUCUCAAUGUAGGAGAGGCGUAUCAUCUAAGUAUUGAGAGCUUAAGAGCAUGGUCAGCUUGCAUCAGAUAUGGUUUUGGAUGUGAUGCUUACAGAGAGUUGUAUCCUCUACUGAUGCAUCAGCUUCAACUCUUCCAAAGACUAUCAGUCCUCCCUCUGCCAUCCACUGUAGAGAAGACUACAUGUAUGGUACACAGGUUGCAGCUUAUUAGAGCAACUGCAUUGAUCUCACUGCUGGAGGGAGUGGUGCGGGUUGCAGGAACAGCAACAGAGCUUCAGGGAAAAUUUGCAAUGAGAAAUGAUGGCACAAAUACAGAGGCGUCUAGCGAAGCAAUCAGCCCACCACCCAUUGAUUGGAGUCAUGUGACUGGAUUGGCCACACCCCUCGAGACAUGUAUUCAUCGUUGGUUAGUUGAGAUGACUGGAUGUACUGAGGUGUUAUAUCCAGAAGCAUGUUCAUUGGCUGGUAGUGCCAUGGACUUCUUAGCAACAUUCUACUCAAACUACACUCAACAGGCUUCCUACAAUCCAGUGAGCUCAUUAAGUCAGAUUGAAUCAUUUGUUGAUAGUUUGCUGCUUCCAUACAUGGAGUCUACCUCUUUUUACUCAGCAGUUCACAAUCUACAAACACACUCUUCACUGAGGUAUGAACCUACACACCUCAAGAGAUGCUCAACGCGUGCUCUACCCAGCUUCUCAUGCCAAAGAGAUGAUUCCAGUGAUGACACACCUCCUUGUGUGCGAAAGACAUCAACGUUAGGCUAUGGUACAGCCCUCUUUAGAUUCACAUACCAGAUGAUCAAAAUACACAAAGGUGUUGCAUCCAAGUUUGAACCUAUUGUACUGAGUUGCUAUGUCUUGCCCUACUUAGAGAACUUUUGUGGAGAUGUUGUGUGUGGUAGCCUUGGUCUUGCUGAACAUUUUGCUAUUCAUGAACAUACAGCUGUGUACUUUCUCAUCAAAAUAUUCCAGUGUGUGGUUCAGCAAGUCGAUUCCUGUAAGCAUCAUAGUCAGUUGUACCACAGUGCUGCUAUGAAGCUAUUAGCAAGACUCCAUCCUGGUUAUGAACACUUUGCACAUGAUCUCUUAUCAAUUAGUCUCUUCAGUACAGAGUUCCUUGCAGAGGGAAAUGUAGGAGAUCCCAUGGCGUCUGAUCUUGCUGAAUUCCUGACAUUUUCAGACAAGGAACCGCCUCUCAAGGAGCGUGAUAAGAGUAAAGGAGAGCUUCUACAGGAGGCCUAUCAGAGGUUAAGCAGUAUCAGGAACCUCUACAUGGUCUACUUUGGCAAAGAACAGCCAUCCUUGGCUAAAUCAAGAGCUAGGUGUUCAGGUAGACCUCAGGAAGUGACUAGUCUCACUCUACCUCCCCUACUUGGACCUGUUCUACCAAUCGACUGGCCUUUCUUACCUCUGGUUCAGCUCUUCUCAGAAGCACAAAAAGCUGAGAUGAAAGGAAAGUCUGUGAAGUCACUACCUCCCUACAUCAUGGCUGCUUUAACUGAUACACUAGGAUGGGUUUUCAUACUGGAGACAUGGCGACCUUUGACCUUGAGGUCAAUCCCACUGGCAGCCAAGAUUGCAAGACUCUACUGCAUCUUCCUCACUGCCAGUGACUUGUUCAUGGAACCAUCAGUCCACCAUUACUUGACCGCUCUUCUGAAGAUCUACACAAACCAAGAUUAUAUAAAGGACAUGGACUUCGAUCAAAAGAUUCCUGGUCUAGCAUCUUUCAAUGAUCUAUUCAAUGCCGUACUUGCCCAAUAUGAAGCUGUAUCCUUUGGUGAUGAUCUCUUUGCUCAGUAUGUUCUGCUACCACUACAGCAGAAGUUUAGUAUUCACUUCCGCAAGACACUCUGGUUUGAUCACAUUGAUCUACUACGCACCUUACCAAUCCAACCAUCAAAGUGUCUCAUUCCAAUCCGCCACUUUCUUGAUCCACCCGAGCGAGACCCAGCUCUGAUCAAUAUGUACUUCCAGAGCUUGGUCCAGGGCAAGGUUCGACAAUCCUGGUCUCCCAUGAUGCACCUGGUUGCAGUCCACCAUGUUGCCAAUUUCAUGUUCACCAACGGACAGGGAGACGGUGAAACAAUACGAGAAACAACAGCUAAACUGAAGCUGAUCAAGAGCACAGUUGGCCUUCGAAAUGAAGAUCUGAAGAAGUUAUUACUGCUCUACAGAUGUCCAGAUACUACCAACUCAAGUGGUUAUACGACAUAUGAUGCCUUGCCAGAGGAUAGGUCAGUAAUCCUACAAGCAGCAGAGAGGGCUAUACUAGAGCAAAGAAACAAGAAGAUGGAUACAGAGAGAGAUGGGAUGUCAUGACGUAGUGGUAAGGAGUAGGGAUAUAAGCAGUUUAUUUAUUUUACUUCAUUUUUUUAUGUUUUGAUAAUGCAUGCAUUCCCUUGGCAAUUAUUUUUUUGGGAUGUAAUGUAAUAGUACCUUAUGAACUUAGUUUUGAAACAUUUGUAAGUUAUAGUAAAUAUUUAUCUAUAUAGUGUUUGUCUCGCCUGUAUAGCAGAGCGAGACAAUAGACGCCGCUUUUCCGACGGUGGCGGCGGUGUCAACAUCAAAUCUUAACCAAAGGCUAAGUUUUUUAAAUGACAUCAUAACUUAGAAAGUAUAUGGUCCUAGUUCAUGAAACUUAGACAUAAGGUUAAUCAGGUAUUGCUGAACAUCCUGCCUGAGUUUCAGGUCACAAAACCAAGGACAAAGGUCAUAUAGGGUCAAUGAACUUAGGCCAAGUUGGGGGUAUUUGUUGAAUUACAAAUAUAACUUUAAAAUUUUAUGGAUCUAGUUCAUAAAACUUGGACAUAAAGAGUAAUCAAGUAUCACUGAACAUCUUGUGUGAGUUUCAGGUUACAUGCCAAGGUCAAAUGUCAUUUAAGGUUGAUGAACUUUGACCAUGUUGGGGGUAUUUGUUGAAUUACCAUCAUAAUUCUGAAAGUUUAUGGACCUUGUUCAUGAAACUUGGACAUAAGAGUAAUCAAGUAUCACUGAACAUCCUGUGCGGGUUUCAGGUCAAAUGACCAAAGUCAUAGGUCAUUUAUGGUCAAUGAAUUUUGGCCAUGUUAGGGGUAAUUGUUGAAUUGCCAUCAUAACUGAAAUUUUAUGGAUGUACAUUAUGAAAUAUGGACAUAGGGGUAAUCAAGUAUCACUUACAAGUCUUAGGUCACAUGAUCAAGGUCAAAUGUCAUUUAGGGUCUAUGAACAUAGUAUUAUAUCAUUAUAUGAAUGUUUUUUUGUGAAUACUUAUUUUAUAGUAGUUUUCAAAGUCAGCACUGUUGCUAUAUUGAAUUGUGUAAUGCAGGUGAGACUGCCAGAGGUGCUCCACUUGAUAUAAUGUUUGUAAUCACAAGCUAUGAACUCUUGUUUGGAGUUCAGAUCAGGACAGAGUUAUUAGUAAACCAAUGCAAACCGUGGCAUGAUAUGCCAUUGAUAAUUGAAGCUAGUAUGUUGUAAUUAACUUUAUUACAGUUACCCUUAUUAUUUUUGUUAAUGUUUGUUAUUGUUCUUGUUGCAGUAAUCAUUUUUGUUGUAAUUUUCAUUGUUGAUUUUAUUGUGAUUGUGGUAUUUGUUUUGAAAAAUUGUAUUUCUCAUUUUUGUCAGUUUACAAUAACAAACAAUGAUACAGUCACAAUCGUUGAAAUGAGUGAUUAAAAGCAAGAUGGAAAGAUGACAAUAUUCAUUAUUAAUUCCGUAACAACGCAGUUAAUAUGAUGAUACAUUCACAAUAAUUUAAACAAGUGAUUAAAAGCAAGAUGGAAAGAUGUCAAUACUUAUUAUUAAUGCCAUACAUGUAGCAAUGCAGUUAAUAUGAGGGGUCUCUAAAGGCAUCUAUAAUUACAAAUGAUUGCAGGAAAAAAAUGACAAAAACAAGCUGCAUUAAUGUAAGGACUUAUUUUCUUUCUUCAUGCAGUGUGAAAUAUUCAGUCAUAAUACAUUUUUGAUAAGACACUAUCUAUAAUAGACAAAGAGGCUUUGUUUAAUGAAGGAAAUAUGACUAAGGACAUGAUUCAUCUCAAGAUGUCAAUGUGAAGAUCAUCUAGGAUGAUACUUGAUUUAUUUUGUUCAAUAUAAGGUUUGAUUAUGUUUGAUUAUUAUUUUUUUGUCUUGUAUCAUGUGACAUUAAGCCUUUCCCUUGCAAUAUACCCAAGUAGAGUAUCAGAAGAGUAAAUUACCAUAAACUGGUUUAUUAAUGCGAGCUUGUAGGUACUGUACCAUAAAAUAGACCAGUGUUUAAUAAGUUUGCUCUGAAGCAAUAUAUAUAUUAGGUCUAGAGUGUAAUGCAUUACUUUAUUGAACUCUAAACAAACUUAUUAUUCUAUAAACAUGCAAACCAAAUAUUAUUUUUUUUUUAAAUAAGGCUUUGGGUUAAAGAAAUUUGUUAAUAACUUUGAAGUAUGCCCUUCAACUAUGGCUCAUAAAAGACCACUAGAUUUCCAGAUGUAAUAACAAUAAUAUUUUAGAAUGUGUACCAGUUUGAAUAUAAAUCCAUUGGAUUUAUAAACUAGAAAUAAAUUAAUAUGUAUGACUUUCUAACUGAAUAAAAGCAUCACAUACCACAAAGUUCCCUAAAAAAGCAUUUCUUUCACUGGAUCAUACAAAAUAAAUUAUUGAAAUAAAUAAUACAGAACAAAACCAUGUGUGCUAUUUUCAAACAGGAAUGGAGAUCACCUUAUUAGACUCUUCUCUUUAGUAUGUAUAUUAAUAUACAAUUCAAUUUUUUAUUUUACAUUCCACCUUUGUCUUUACAUAAAAAACUUUUACAGCAAUGUUAUUGUAUUACAUGUACUUGGUACUUGAUUUAAUUUAUGGUAAAAUUAAGAUACUUACAAAUACAAGAUCAAUAAUAUUUGGUACAUCUACCCAAUAUCCGGCAUAUGAAUAUUUCUAAACUAACAAUAUUUAUCUGAUCUGAUCAUGAGAGAAAAAAUAGAACUAAAAUAAAUAUUGACACUGUUUCAAACACAUUUUGAUAUAUUAAUCAACUUAUUUUCUUCAAUGAAUAUGGCUAGUUAAUUUGAAAUUUGUACAAAAAGUAUAAGGAUAUGAAUAUGUGUGUGAAAAUUAUGUAUUUUUUGGAUUAUCUCAAUAAAUGUAGAUGAUACAACAUAUCACAUGGUAAAACACAUUACAUAUGCAAUCUUAUAAUAUGUACAGAUGUAAAUAAUAAAUUCUUUUUUAUCUUUAUUUGAAA